AAAAGAGUAAUAUUCACAGUGCUACAAGACUGUUAGAGUGUUAGUAAUUUUUCUCUCUCACUCUCUCUACAAACACAUCCAGCCAAAAUGAAACCAAAGCACAAUCAGUUCAUGCUCGCUUUCCACUCAUGAUGUUGCAGAAACCUUAGAUUUUUCCUCAGAAUCUCAGAAAAGUGAAAGGAAUUUCUGCUUUCCGUGUUCAGCACAGAAAAUUUUCCAAGCCCUGUUGCCAUUUCUCUCCAAGAUUCAAUCUUUGAGAAGAAGCUCUCCGUUUCCCGCAUUUUGCAUGCUUGAUAUGCUUGGGGGUUGUUGUUGAAGGUUGCAGGAAAUUUUUAGAGAGAGAGAGAGAUAAAUGUCUGAAACUGCUAAAGUUCGUUUAGUUCGUUGCCCCAAGUGUGAGAAUUUACUGCCAGAGGUCACCGAUUUCUCUGUUUAUCAAUGUGGCGGCUGUGGUGCUGUCUUAAGAUCCAAUAAUAAAGGUGUUGACACAUUCUCGGAGAAGUCUGAUGUGGAAAGGAUUGGCAGCAAUCUAGACAGGCUUUCUGAUAGAUAUGAGAAAAUGAUGAAUGUUUCUGAGAGGAGAAUGAUGGAGAUGAGUGAUGGCUCUGAGCCUGAUGUGAAGUCCAACGUUAGUACUUCGAGUCGGGUCGAGAGGAGGGGAGGAGCUCUGCUUGAGAGGGCUGAAACUGGUAGGAGUGGUUUAGGUAAGGAGGAGAAUUGGGAUGUUGGGAGUGAUGUGAUGAGAGAUAGGAGGUUGAAUGAAAUCCAACGGGCGAAAAUGGCUCAAGAUUUUGAGGAUUUGGCGCUGUCUCGUGACAAUGAGGCCGGAUUGAGGAGGCAGGGCAGGGCUGGGGAUGGUCGGGUUGGGGUUAGGAGUGAGAUGGAGGGUGCUUGGAGGGCUCAUCGAGUGGAUCCGGAGGGGGGAAGGUAUCGAAAAGAUGGUUCGUUUGACCAUCUAUCCGCUUCUAGUUAUGAUUUUGAUGAUCCAUCUAGGAGUAGGAGUGGUGUGGUGGAUGGAUUGAGCAAUGCUGAAUUUAUUGGGGAUGAUCGGGCCGAGCUUUUGAGGCAGCUAGACGAGAUCACGUAUAAGCUGAGUCGUUCAGGCGAUCUGAACGACAAGGGUAAAGACAAGGCUCCCCUUGAUAGGAGGAUGCAUCAUGAGGCGAUGGUGAUGCAAAGCUCAGCUAAAAGGCUGCCUUUCCAGAAUCAGUACACUGAGCCACCUCAUUUGAUGCGCAGGCAAGGAAUGGGAGAGAAUGGUUUCUAUCCUCCGAGGUAUGCUCCAAGUCCUGUUCAAGGAUAUGGGAAUCCACCGAGGCCUCAGUUGCGCCCAUCUGAAGCUCAAGGCGCUUUUCAGAUGCCACCUCCUCGUGGAUAUGUGUCCGGACCUUACGUGGAUGAUGGUAUGGCGUAUAAGGAUAACAUGGAAGCGUAUCCUCCUAAUUUCAGCCGGCACCAUCCAUCUUGCUCGUGCUACGAUUGUCGAGCCAUGAGGCAAGUUUCUAACCCGAUGAUGCAAGCUGCGUCUAGUGGUAAAUACUCCAAUUUCGCAGAUGAUCAUGGUUCGUUUGGUCACUACAACCGGAGAGUUCAUGGCCAACCUCCCUCGAGGCUUCGCACCUCUCAAAUUCAUGCGAGAUGGCCUAAUGAUGUGAAUUCUGAGGCCGAUGGCUUCACACGUCGUCGUCCUGCUAGAGCCCAUUUGGCCGGUGGCGGAGUGCACUGCAGCCCAUUAGCCGGUGGUGCCCCGUUCUUGACCUGCAACAGUUGUUUCGAGGUGCUGAUGCUGCCUAAGAAAGCUCUGAGCAGGAAUGGCAUCAGGCAGAAGCUCAGAUGUGGGGCUUGCUCUUCACUAAUUUCUUUCGUAGUUUCAGGCAAGAACUUGGUCGUCUCACUCGACGUGGAGGCCAAGAACGGCCCUCUAGAAGCUGACAACGGCCGUGAUGUGCCAUCAAAACCGAGCCAAACUAGGACAGCCUUUUCAUCCGUGGACUAUGAUAGCUCCGGUUAUGAUUUCCAUUCCAUGGAUAAAGAAGUUGCACAUCCCAGAAGAGAUAGCAAGCCUAUUGAAACUAGGGCCCGUCGUUCUACAUCCACGUAUGCUUCUGAAGCCGAGGAAGAAACACAAGAUUCAGCAAGAGAGGAUAAAGGGCCUCAACCUCCUUCAGGCUCCUCUCUGCAAGAUUACUUUGAGCAUUCAAAUAAGUACCAUUUGGUGAAGGAUUCAGACGAACGAAACAGAAGUGGGCGCUCUGAACACGUUCUUCCGUUGCCAAGCAAGACGGGCGCUAAGCAGAUUUCGAGGAAAGAGUCCACAGCUACAGAGAUAGAUAUAUCGUCAAAUGAGUUCUCCAACACAGGUUCUACCUUUGAGUCAAGUGAAGCAAGCAAAGGUGGUAGAGGAGCUGGCUCGUUCUUCGCUGGAAUAAUGGAGAGUUUCAAGGAUCCACAUAGAUCGGAAGAAGCUGCUAAUGUGACUGUCAACGGCCAUCUAAUAUCAAACCGGUUGAUCAAGAAAGCUGAAAAAGUAGCCGGACCGAUCCAUCCCGGGCAUUAUUGGUAUGAUUUUAGAGCUGGAUUCUGGGGAGCUAUUGGAGGGCCUUGUCUUGGCAUGAUUCCUCCGUUUAUACAAGAGUUCAACUAUCCUAUGCCAGAGCAUUGUGCGGGUGGAAACACGCACGUAUUUGUUAAUGGCAGAGAGCUGAACCACAAAGAUCUGAAUCUGCUGGUCGGCAGAGGUCUCCCAAGGGAAAGAGACCGAUCGUACAUUGUGGAGAUCUCCGGUAGAGUCCUAGAUGAGGACACUGGCGAGGAGUUGGAAAGCCUCGGAAAGCUUGCUCCAACCAUUGAGAGGGCGAAGCGCGGAUUUGGCAUGAAAAGUCCACAAGCCGUCGCAUGAACACUUUUCGAGUACAAGAAUCAAUCAAUUGCAUGAUCGCCUCUGAAGAAAAAGGUUAAGAUUGAGAAGCAUGGUUCAUGCUGUUUAUGUUUGAGUAAUUGGUUCAAUUUCAAGAAAGGCGUAUUUUGACAGUUUUUGCAAAAGUUUUUUAUGUUAAAUACUUUUCCCUUUUUCCUUCUCAUUUUGUACAUGCAGACGAUUAAUUUGGCGUUGUUUCCUUUUAAUCAUUAUCAUUUUUUAUUUAGAAUCCUGCAAAAAAAACAAGAGAUUCUAUGGAGUAGUUGAUUUCUUAUGUUUA